GAAGAGAUGGGAAAUGAAGAGGUGGAAAAUGAGAACGUGGGAAAAGAUCAUGAGGAAAAUGAGGACGAGGAAAAUGAGAACGAUGGCGAGGACCGUGGUGUGGGAAAUGAAAAUGAAACAGAAGCUCAGGCAAAACCGAAAAGAAAGUACGUUCCACGUGGCCCAACAAGGAUGAGUGCACUAGGGCUAACAAAUGGUAAGAAUGGCAAGGAAGUUGUUAGCUUUAACAAUAAGGAUCAUCCCAUUGGUGAUCCUUCGGUGCAGCUUGCAAGUGUGUUGGGAGUUCUGGUUAGGAGAAACAUCGCACUAAAACACAGGGAUUGGAGACUUGUCCCUAAAGAAGCCAAAGAUAACAUAUGGGCGGUUGUCCAGCAAAGGUUUGUUGUCGAUGAGUUUUACAAAGAUUACUAUGUUGGGAAGAUGGGAUGUUAUCUUAAAGAGUAUAGGUCAAGGAAAGCCGGGAAGAUACUCGCCUUAGAUGAGCUAGACAAAGAAGAAAGAGAGAAGAAGCUGGCAGCACUGAAACCAGAUAAUAGCACUGUCAAUGAGUGGAAAGAGUUCGUGAAACAUGUUUGCUCGGAGGAAUUCAGAACAAAAAGAUUCCGGAUGCAACAAAUCAGGAAGAAAUACACCACUCCACACACUAUCAGUAGACUACGUUGGGAGAGACUCGAGGCUAAGAUGCAAAAGGAACGGAAAACACAAGAAGAGAUUGAUAGAGUCAAAGUUUGGACAGCGGGUCACAAACAGAAGGAAGGAAAGGAACCUAAUCCGGGUGUUGUGGAGGCUUUGGAAAAGAUUCAAAGAGCAGCAGGAGAGCAUGGUGCUGAUGUUGGAUCAUCUGUGACAGAUGAUCUUCUUGACAAAUCUCUUGGUGACGACAAACCAGGGAGACUGAGAGGAAUUGGGUAUGGAGCGACAAAGACAAAAAUGGUUGUCAAGACCUAUUAUAAGAAGAUCAUCAAAGAGUGUCGGGACAGUAUGAAGGAAGUGAACGAGAGACUUGCAUUGUUAGAGGAAAAGACGUGGAGUUGUGUCUGCCAUGGUGCCUCACACUUGCACAACGUCAGUCCAAAGUCUGGAAAUGCUAGCAAUGUUGUUGGUAGCACUAGCAUGAAUGUUCCCCACCAUGAAAAUGACAGUCCAAUCAGCAGACCAAUGGCAGGGGGAGUGCUAGAGAAGAGUAAAGCUUGGAGGUUGCUCAGUUGGUACAAUGAGAAUGAGGUUGUUGCUGACGCGAUUAUUGCUGAAACAGAUCCAAAUAUGAAGUGCCAUGGAGAACCAAUAGGUUUUGCAGCUUACAAGGUAAUUGUCACUACAUCUAUUGUUGAUGAUGUCAUUCUCUACAAGCAAAGCGGCGAGUUGAAGACUGUAUUCAACGUUGUAGGAACUUAUACCACAUGGGCCAAGGAUCUCAUAUUGCCUGCAAUCUGACUUGUUAUUAUGUUUGGGGAGUGUUCAUAAAACAAUGUUGUUCUUUUUUUGUUGCUCUUAUCAGCUUAAAACAAUGUUGUUCUUUUUUUGGUGCACUUAUCAGUUUAAAACAA